AUGGACGAAGAAGAGAAACCUCAUUCUCCUGCUCAAUCUCUUUCCAACGAUGACGAACAUUCUAUAAAAAAUCGCAUCAUUGCUAACCUCAAAGACUCUCUUUUGUCUCAGCUCGCUGAAUCCAACCUGUCCCUCUCCCUCGAAACACGCCAUAACUCAUCAUUCAUCUAUCAUUGUUGCAUCAACAACGACCUUAACAUGACAAUCACAAACUCUUUUACUUGUCCUCUUAUUAUCUUCCUCUGCUUCAUCACAAUAAUCCCCCUUGUGCUUUGUGAUGAUGUUGGAAAAAUAAUGCAUUAUUCAGGUCGUCAUUCACCCCAGAUUCUUCUUUCUUUCCAUCAACCAAAAAAUGGUUCAAGGCUUCCACAUCCCAUUUCAAGAAAAUUCAUGUUUCAUGGUUCUUGCACAAGCAAAGACAUAAGCAUAUCACAAAGCAAAUAUUCAACAUCUGGAAUCCCAGAAUACAUAGUGCAAAUAGUGAACACUUGUGUAUCUGGUUGUGCUCCUCAUGACAUACACCUUCAUUGUGGCUGGUUUGCAUCUGCAAGAAUCAUCAACCCAACAUUGUUUAAGAGGCUCUCUUAUGAUGAUUGCUUGGUCAAUGCUGGCAAAUCUUUGGCCUCAACUCAAAUCAUCAGAUUCACUUAUUCUAAUUCCUUCAUGUAUCCAUUAGUACUCAAGUCUGCUAGAUUUUGCUCAUGAUCAAUCCACAAUAUAUUAUAA